AAUGGCGGAUCAUGAUACACCUCCGCCAGAUACCGCCAUUAUCACCGAUGAUCAUCAAAAUUCACAACUUAACAACCAACAUUCAUCGAUUGAUCAUCUUUACGAAAAACUAGAUCAAUUUACGUCCGUACUAUUGACAUGUACGGAUGAUCAACCUCCUGAAAUUGUGGAUUCUGUUCAUCACUUUGCUGAUCUUUUCGACGUUAAAGUCGUUGAAUAUGAAUCCGGAUCCAAAAAAUGGAUCGAGGAUGAAUGUAAUUCAUCGUUUAUCGAAUCCGUGGAUCAAACCGGAAAGCUGUUGAAAUCAUUUUCUAGAUUUCAUGCACACGAAAACUACGCGAACGUUGUGAACCGGAUCAGCGGCAUACAACAACGCGCAUUGUCGAUAAUGGAGGUCGAGUUUAAGACGAUUCUUGACGAUUAUCAGACGUCGUACGAGAGAGAUCAACAAAGAAACAAUGAUGAUGAUCGGGAGGCAGAGAAGACGAAACAGAAACAAUUGUCGCCUUCUCAAAGCAAUGUCAAGGAAACGGCUGAAACGGAAAGUGAUCAGAAUCAAUCUGAAUCAGAAGAUCAGAAUAAGAAAGACGAGUUUCUAGGUUAUUCAGAUGAGAUGGUUUCGAAUCUGAAUAAGCUAGCCAAAGGAUUGAUAGAAGGCGGUCAUGAAACCGAGUGUAAGGAAUUGUAUUUUUUCGUCAGAAGGAAUGCAAUGGAACAGAAUUUAAAGCUUUUGCAGUUUGAGAAAUUUUCAAUUGAUGAGAUGCAGAAAAUGCAUUGGGAGCCGAUUGAGAAAGAGGUGUCGGCUUGGAUGAAGAUGUUCAAACAGUUUUGUACAUCGUUAUUGCCUAGUGAGCGAAAACUGGCGGAUUCUGUUUUUACUGGUUACACCGCAAUCUCGAAUAGAUUGUUUAGCCGCCUCGCGCAAAUCGUUUUGUUUUAUUUUUUAAGUUUCGCAGAGGCGGUGAUGAUGACAAAACGUUCUGCUGAGAAAUUGUUUAAGUUUUUAGAUAUUUACGAGACGUUGAGAGAUAGUAUCUCGGAGGCUGAGAAAAUAUUGCUUGCUGAUGAAUAUAUGCAUCAACUGAAAUCCGCAACGGGGUUGAUUAAUACUGUUCUCGGUGAGGCUAUUUAUAACAUCUUUAUAGAUCUUGAAAACUCAAUAAAAGCAGAUGUAUCUAAGACCGCGGUUCCUGGUGGGGCGGUACAUCCUUUAACUCGCUACACGAUGAAUUAUUUGAAAUACGCGUGCGAGUAUAGUGUCACGUUGGAGCAGAUAUUUAAAGAGCAUAAAAGGUCAGAUCGGGCCCAAUCAGGAGCAGGUGAUGAAGAUGCUAGCUCUCAAGAACAAGGACAGAACCAGCAGGGGAAUCAAACAGAACCUGAAUCGCCGUUCCAGUCGCAGUUAGCUAAAAUUAUGGAUUUGUUGGAUACGAAUCUAGAAGCCAAGUCGAGGUUGUAUAAGGAUGCGUCGUUGAGCUUGAUUUUUAUGAUGAAUAACGGGCGCUAUAUACUUCAGAAGACAAAGGGGACAGGAGAAAUGAGGACAUUGAUGGGGGAUCCGUGGGUGAGGAAACGUUCAUCGGAUUUAAGGAAUUACCACUCGAAUUACAAGCGAGAAACAUGGACAAAGCUGUUGCAAUGUUUGAGUCACGAAGGAUUGAGUGUUAAUGGGAAGGUGAUGAAGCCGGUGCUAAAAGAAAGGUUCAAGAGUUUUAACGCGAUGUUUGAUGAGAUACACAGAACACAAACUACUUGGAUAGUGAGCGAUGAACAGCUUCAGUCAGAGCUAAGGGUGUCCAUAUCAGCAAUUGUGAUCCCGGCUUAUAGGUCAUUCAUGGGGAGGUUCAGUCAAGUGUUUACUCCAGGAAGGCAAACCGAGAAGUAUAUAAAGUAUCAGCCAGAAGAUAUAGAAACAUGUAUCGAAGAGCUUUUUGAUGGAAGUGCAGCUCAACAAAGCAAGAAGAGAUAAUAAGUACUUUCAAAUGCAAA